AUGGAUCCAUUUCCCAAAAAUGAGCAAUUUUACGAGUGUAGUUAUUUGAGCAUAGUGACCACUCUAAUGCAGCCUUUAUUGUACCAUUUUCAGAAUUUAGGAACUCUGGAUUUUGCGAUAAAUUACGAAAAUAAUGGUGGAGUUGUUGAGAAUGGGGAAAAUUGUGACCAUUUGCCAUUCGAUCGACUUUGUGACAUUUACUUCGAGAUAUGCGCAACUGAUGAAGACGGUGAGGUGCGGAAUUCGUCCUGUAAUUUCCUCUCCAAAACCACCACCCCGGUUCGAAACACAGCUGUUACCAGUUAUAAAUUUAAAGUACCAUAUUUCACAAACCAACUUUUAAAAAUUAGAAUUUCGGCGCUGGAUCAUGAUCAUCUCUCGCCUGCUGACAACUUGGGAGAAUUCUUGUUUCAAUUUCAUCCAUAUGAAAUAUCUAGCACAUCUCAAAGUGCGAUAACGGCUACCUCAACUACACUAGCACACCAUUCAACGAAUGGGAGAAGAGGUGGACUUCACUGUGAGGAAGAGUUGAAUGCUUGCGAAUAUGAAGAAUCUCAACUGGGACAUCCGCCUUGUACGAAUGGGGGCCACUGUGUUGUCAGCCCAUUUAACGAGACACAAUUUACUUGCCUAUGCGCUCCCGGUUGGCGUGGUGCGCAUUGUGAGAUACCCUUCAAUGGCACGCGAAGAGGGGAUGCUUGUGAUUUGGAAACAUUCAGACUUGGUCAUUCACCCUGUGCAAAUGGUGGUCACUGUGUUGCCGACACUUCCAAUGAAACAACAUUUUCCUGCCUCUGUGCUCAGGGUUGGCAAGGCCCCACAUGUGAGGUUUCCUCUUUCAAGGUUUCAGCCGUAGUGGUGGUUCUCUCAGUGCUCCUUCUGUUUCUGACGAUCGGUUGCAUUAUGGGGGUUGUUUGCUACCUUCGAAUUUUCACCGUACCUAAAAUGAGACGUGUUGACACAAAUCAAAACGGAGUUGAACUGGUGGAGGUGAAUGGAAGUAUGUUUUCGGCGGUGAACAAUCUUUAUCGGCUGUCUCCAAGAAAAAUAAUUUCGUCAUCAUCCUCAUGUACAGCUACGGGGUCACAGAGGGGCGUCGAAAGCUUGGUAAAUCUCACACGGCCAUCUUCGAAGCCAAACGAAGGCAACGACGAGUAUGAAUACGAUUCAAUUGUUGAGCCUUUGAAGUGUUCUUCUACAAAAGAAGUCCCGGAAAUUGCAGAGGAAAAGGAUAACUAUGAACCUAUUAAUUGUAAGUACGAUGGUGCACUGAAAUCCGGUGAGGCCAUGUGUGCAGUUAAUAAUGAAUAUGAUGAGGAUGCUGAGGAUGAUGGUCACUUGGAUAUGACCUUGAAACAACCGCUGUCAUCAGCUCAACUAUCAGGACCAGAUGGAGACGACUAUGAAUUCCUAUGCGAAAACGUAUCAGUAUAA